AUGAAGUUCUUCAUUCCCUGCAUUGCCGCUAUCUUCGCCACUGGAGUGCUGGCCGCUCCAACUCCCGAUGCUUCUCUCGAGGUUUCCCUCGCCAAGAGGGCUGAUCGCGGACAAUACACCGUCUCUGGCCUCGGAUCCCGCAAGAAGGCCAUCAUCGAAGCGGGUGGCAACUCCCUUGAUAUCGCCAUUGCCAUGCUCGAAAUUGAGGAUAUGAACACCGCCAACUACCCCUACGGCGACGGCAAGACCUACGACGCCGCCAACUUUGGUCUGUUCAAACAGAACUGGGGCUUGCUUCGCGAGUGCGCCCACCGCUAUGGCUUCAAGGGGAAGUCGGAAGCCCAAUGGAACGAUGGAGCCGUCAUGAACUCGAAUGUCUACGCCGACGUUGCCUCUCGCUGGGAUUGCCAGAACUACUACGGUUACGAUAAGUGGUUCGCCGGACACCGCAACGGUGCUUCUGGUCUUGCUAACCCCAACACGCCGGAUAUCAAUACCUACAAGUCCGCCGUCCAGUGGAUCCAGCAGCAGAUUGACAGCAACGAGAAGUACAAGUACGACGACACCCGCUUCUGGGUCAGCGUCGUUGCCAUCUAA